AUGAGCUUUAUCACCUCCCUCAACCCGCAGUCCGUAGCCUGGCAGCCCCAGGAAAACAACUGCUCUAACAAUGACAGCGAAUCUUCGCGUGGGUCGCCCGGCCAUGCAGCCCAGAGUGGUAGCAAUACUGGCUCUUCUGCCACGAGCUUCACCAGCUCCUUGGAGGGAAAUGCGGCUCUGGACCUGCUGUCGCACGCUCUCCGCUGUGACCCCGAAAAGGGCGGCGGCGAGGACCAUGUAGGUCAUUCCGCUGGUCAGAGUCUUUGCAACACGGCGGCAGUUCCAAUUUCAAGGGCUGAGCCUCAUUCUACCUAUGCACAAGGGCAUUAUAAUCAUGUCCCAUUUUCACCACCUGGAGCGGGUGCUGGCCUCCCAAUCAGCCACUCGUUUCAAUCUGCAUCGGCUUUCUUGAGCCCAGGUGCUAGUGGACGACCCGGCUGUAACAGCUCCGGCAAUGAGUUUAUGCCAAGUCCCGAGCAUUGCAGAGGCGGGACAUUCACAGAGCCUCGCAAUUAUGCGCCUCGAACUUCGGGUCUCCCGGUGUCAGUCACGAGCGAGCCUCCCCCCAAGUUUGAUCUGAGUGUGGCCACUGGCGUUCGAGGCAGCGACGUCGGUGCUGCUACUGGGAAUGGGAAUGGCCUCAGUUUGCCUGAGUCCAACUCCUCUACUUUGCCCAUUGUCAGCCAGAGCGCUGGAAAUGCUGCCGUUGUGCCAUUCAUUGCUCCGAACUAUGAGUUGUCUCCUGAUCCAGUGCGUCAGUCGCGAUCCGAACAGCUCAACCGGCUUACUGCCACUGGGGUUGGUUUGCCUGUGCUUCAGACGGCUCUGGCACCAGACAACUUCCCAUUCAUUGAAGGUGCUCGCCAGGCAGUGGCCACGAAUUAUGGGGUCGUCAAACUGAAGAAUAUUCCAUUUGCCACAAGACGAUCGGAAGUUAUUGCUUUCUUGGGGCGUAACUCGAAAAUACUGAACGACUCUGAUGAACCUGUUCACAUCAUUAUGGAACGAGUGACUAGCAAGACGAUGGAUGCCUACGUCGAAUUUGUUAGCCUCGAUGAUGCCAACAAAGCUGUCGAAAAGCAUCAUAACCAUCUCGUCAACGGUCGCGUCAGCAGGCUUGGUGAUCGGCCGGUCGAGGUUGAGCUCUCUAGCCAGGAAAGCCUGAUGAAGGACUUGUUUCCUCUUGCCAAAGGAAUUGCGUGGAAUGGAGUGUCUCCCCAGUUCAAGCCAUUCAAUGCCAAGGAGCCUUGGGAAAACUUCAAGGGUUUCGUAUCCGAGGAAGAGAUGAUUAUGCUCGUGAAACAUGUCGAGGUCCCCCAUCGUUCUCCAUUCUCCAAGGACUGCCCCCAGCGUCCGUAUGAAUGCUUGAUUAGCACCUUGAAAAAAUUUCCUUGGUAUGUUACCGAUCGUAUUACCAUUAGCCAGAGACAAGCCAUUUUCAAGGCUACCUGUGAACUCGCUCGAUUGCUAUCUCGCAGCAUUCACAAACAAGAUGAUCCGGUCAAUCUUACCACUCAGCUUUACCGACGCUUGGUGACGACUGCCAUGAAGUGCCCCGGAUUCACUCCCCUUAUGAAAGAUGAUAUUGCUUGUCUGGCCGGCUUGUCGGAAAUGGACGAGCGGCGCUACAACCAGCCACGAUUUGCAAAUUCGUGGCGCCACCAGUAUAGCAUUGCUCCAAAGCCGGGCAUGCCACUUGAUGUCCUUGAGUGGUAUAUUGCUGUUAUACGUGAGCAGACGGAGCGAGACAUGUUGACUCGUCAUCAUGCGAAUCGCACAGUUCUCCAGGAGAAAAGCCAGGAAACUGACAUGUACUGGGGCUAUUUUUGGGCCGAACUUGGCUAUAUGUUUGGCCCUGCAUUUGAUCAAAUGACUUUGUCGCAAGCGGCUCAAGCGGAGUUCACUGCCGUUGAGCGAAUCCUUGCUCGGGCUCUGGCUUCUCAGUAG